UUUUCCCUUUGUUUGCAUUAGCUGAUGCCAGAGGUGAAAGAAGUAGCAUGGAGUUAAAUAUAGCAGUAAAAUGUUACAACCCCUUUAUUCAACUGUUAGAAUGGUAACUUUUCCAUGAAACAGUGGAGAACCAGUAUGAAUGGGCGCCUAUCCCAACAUUAUUUUCACAAAACAAACAAAAUUAAAAAUUAAGAAACCAAUAUAAGCUGCUACAGGAAAGAUUUAAUACGGAUGUAUGCGUGGACACAAAAAUUGGGUACAGCCAGCUAAAAUCUGUUGAUAGCCACAUGGUGGCGCUGCAGGCUAAAGAGAUGCAAGGAAAAUUAAACUGAGGCUGCACCUUAUAGAAGUCACACACACACACACAUGCACGAAAGGAAAAUCCUAACCGCUGGAGGAAAAGCUGGGGCUCCUCGCAACUGAGAAAGGAAAAAAUACCCUAGAUCCUUCCAGAUAGGUGGAACAUCUGGAGUUUAUGACUGCUGGGAGAUGUGGCUGAGACCUAUAGUAAGGAAAGAAGAAACAAUGGCAGCCAGAGGAUCAUGCUUCCCCAGGCAAAGGCAAGUGCUAUUUCUCUUUCUGUUUGGGCGACUGUGCUUGGCAGGUGCUGAGUUUGGACGUUAUUCGGUGACUGAGGAAACAGAACGGGGCUCAUUUGUGGCGAAUCUGGCAAUGGAUCUGGGGCUAGGGGUGGAAGCGCUGGCUGCAAAGAGAGCUAGGGUGGUUUUUGAUGACAACCAACAGCACUUGUUCCUGGAUUCCCACACUGGAGAUUUGCUCACCAAUGAGAAACUGGACCGGGAGAAGUUGUGCAGCUCUGCAGAGCCCUGCAUGCUGUAUUUCCAAAUUUUAAUGGAUAACCCCUUUCAGAUUUACCGGGCUGAGCUGAGAAUUGUGGAUAUAAACGAUCACUCACCCACAUUCCAGGACAAAGUGAUGAUUUUAAAAAUACCAGAAAAUGCAGAGGUGGGGGCAGCAUUUCGAUUAGAAAGAGCACAGGACUCAGAUGGAGGAAUGAAUGGCAUUCAAAACUACACUGUCAGCCCCAACUCUUUUUUUCAUAUUACAAUUCAUGACAGCGAUGAAGGGAAGAUAUACCCAGAGCUGGUGCUAGACAAAGCUCUGGAUUGGGAGGAGUACCAGGAGUUCAGUGUAACAGUCACAGCGCUUGAUGGUGGGUCUCCACCCAGGUCUGGGACGGCCGCCAUACGUAUUGUGGUCUUGGACAUCAAUGAUAAUGCUCCACAGUUUCCCCAGGAAGUUUAUCAAACCCAGACUCCAGAAAACAGCCCAGUGGGCCUUGCUGUUCUUAAGGUCUCCGCAGAAGAUGUAGACUCUGGAGUCAAUGCAGAAGUAUCCUAUUCGUUUUUUGAUGCUUCCGAAGAUAUUAGAGCAACCUUUCAAAUCAAUCCUGUCUCUGGCGAAAUCAUGCUCCGAGCCUUGCUUGACUAUGAGUUGGUAAAGUCCUAUAAGUUAAAUAUACAGGCAGUUGAUGGUGGGGGCCUUGCAGCGAGAUGUGUGGUUAUAGUUCAGGUUUUAGACAUCAAUGACAACCGCCCUGAACUGAUCAUGUCAUCACUAGUCGACGAAGUUGUUGAGAACUCUCCUGAAACCGUGCUGGCAGUUUUUAGGAUUAAUGACAGAGACUCUGGAGAAAAUGGAAAGGCGGUUUGCUACAUUCAAGAAAAUUUGCCUUUCCUUCUAAGACACUCCGUAGACAAUUUUUACAUCCUGAUGACAGAUGGUGCACUGGACAGAGAGAGCAGAGCUGAGUACAACAUCACCAUCACAGUCACCGAUCUGGGAACACCAAAGCUCAAAACUGAACACAACUUAACAGUGCAGGUAUCCGACCUUAACGACAAUGCCCCUGCCUUCACCCAAACCUCCUACACCCUGUUCAUCUGGGAAAACAACAGCCCCGCCCUGCACAUAGGCACCAUCAGCGCCACAGACUCAGACUCUGGCUCCAACGCCCACAUCACCUACUCACUGAUGCCUGAGGACCCGCAGCUGGCCCUGACCUCGCUCAUCUCCAUCAACGCGGACAACGGGCAGCUGUUCGCGCUCAGGGCGCUGGACUAUGAGGCCCUGAAAGCCUUCGAGUUCCGCGUGGGCGCCACAGACCAAGGCUCUCCUGCUCUCAGCAGCCAGGCGUUGGUGCGCGUGCUGGUGCUGGACGACAACGACAAUGCGCCCUUUGUGCUCUACCCGCUGCAGAACGCCUCUGCACCCUGCACCGAGCUGCUGCCCAGGGCUGCUGAGCCUGGCUAUCUGGUCACCAAGAUAGUGGCAGUGGACCGCGACUCUGGCCAGAAUGCCUGGCUGUCGUUCCAGCUACUUAAGGCCACAGAACCCGGGCUGUUCAGCGUGUGGGCUCACAAUGGCGAGGUUCGCACCACAAGGCUGCUGAGUGAGCGCGAUGCAACCAAGCACAGGCUGCUUCUGAUAGUCAAGGACAAUGGCGAGCCUCCGCGCUCUGCUAGUGUCACUCUGCAUGUGCUGGUGGUGGAUGGCUUCUCUCAGCCCUACCUGCCUCUGCCAGAGGUGGCGCACGAAUCCGCGCAAGAUGAAGAUGAGCUCACGCUGUACCUGGUCAUUGCCUUGGCAUCUGUGUCUUCACUGUUCCUCUUGUCUGUGCUGCUGUUCGUGGGGGUGAGGCUGUGCAAGAGGGCCAGGGCUGCUUCUCUGGGUGUCUGCUCUGUGCCUGAGGGCCACUUUCCGGGCCACAUGGUGGACAUCAGCGGCACAGGAACCCUGUCCCAGAGCUACCAGUAUGAGGUGUGUUUAAUGGGAGGUACCAGUGAUUUCAAGUUCUUGAAACCAACUUACCCUGAUUUUCACGCUCAUGGUUCCCAGAGAGGUAGUGAUGAAGCGCCCACAUUUUGAAGUUUCUUAUUUAAUUUUGAGUAACAUUUCAUUCCAUUUAAUGUAUGAUGAUGCCAUAUAAAUGUUAUCAUAUGUAGUAGUUGCUACACAACAAAACUAACUUUGUUUUCAACUACCGAGUAAGUCACAUUUACAUUUUUACAGUGUUUUUACUUUAGUGUUUGUU